AUGAAGAAACACAGCCAGCUGCUCCACUCUCUCAGGACACCGAGUUCUAGCGUCACACAAAGCAGAAGCAGUUCCCUCUCGGUCGGGGGCAGCAAAAAGAAUAAGAAAAGGAUCACUAAUCAAGCUCCCAAAAAAGAAGUCAAGGUGUUGAAUAAGGAUGGCAAAGACGUCACUCCUCUGCUGCUGUAUCGUGCAGAGCCAGGAGAAGAGUCCCAACCAGGCAGAUACUUUCUGGACGAAGUCUUUACCAGCUCGGGAUCAGACCACUCGAGAUCCCCUUCAAGCUCCAAUGUGCAUUCUUACAGCUCAUUUGUGGGCAACAGCCAACUAUAUACCGCAACAGAGAGCAAGGAUAGUGUUCUUGAACUGGACAUGCCAAUAAACCAUCCAGCUACAAGUGAGGUGCCGAGGAAAAGAGACAAUGUGAAAGAGGAUGUGACAGAAGAGAUGCUGGAUGAGGAAGUAAACAUCUGCCUCUCUGAAACAGAUACCAUUUCACUGCUGGACAUACCCAGCACCUUAAUGUCAGAGGAUGCUGAUGAUGUAGAAGCUAUUAAAGCGAGAAACGUUCAAUAUGCUGAGCUUUGUAAGAACAGAAUGGGCAACGAUAAGUACGUGGCACGAUCCACACAGACUUUCAACGGAACACCCAAAAGCAAGCCGACCCAGACUUACAAUAUUUCUGCGGUGGAUGAAGAGACGAUGGCUUCUGUCUGUGACAUCCAUGACUCUUUGGAAAACCAAAUUAAAACCCUGGAAAGUGGUGAGGAGACUGAGUAUCCAGAGGCUACCGUGAACACCAGCAAAGAUCAAGAAAACAUAAGACGCAGCAGCAGCUGCAGCACAAUUUGCACGGGCAGCACUUGUAGCUUACAGUUAGCAAUGGAAACGUGUGAAAACAGUGGAACGGCUGAUUCCGACCUGCAGCUCAUCAUGUUGUCAGAGUCAUUUAAAUACAGCUUGUUCGUGAUGGAGAGGAGCAUCAUGGCAAACACAUUUCAAACCAAGCUGGCUGCUUAUAAACAGCUGCCCACACUGGAAGACCCUGACAGCACAGUGAAGCCCGGGACCAAGGAACAGGGUGAGGAGGGCUCUUCAUCUCCAAUGCUGGAAUACUUCUUGGAUUUUAGCUGCGAGCUCACCAGAGGAUGCAACAUCACCAGCAUGGCCUGGAACAAGAAGAACCCGGAUAUCCUGGCAGUGGGUUACGGUGACUUUGACUCAAAGAACCAGCAGCCAAGUCUGAUCUGUUGCUGGUGCCUAAAAAACCCUACGUGGCCGGAGCGCAUCAUCCACUGUCACAGUUGUGUCAUAUCCCUGGAUUUCUCCGCCAACAACCCCAGCCAGCUGGCCGUAGGGAUGGACGAUGGCACGAUGGCCAUCUACGAUGUCAGUCGAUGCGACAGCACAUGUAUCGCCGACAGCAGCAAAUGUUUCAAAAGGCACCUGCAUCCAGUGUGGCAGGUCAACUGGAUCAAAGAAGGGAUGGCGUCAUCAGGGCAGGAAAGGGCCGAAGCUCUCAUCUCCGUGUCAGCAGAUGGCAGGAUCUCCAAGUGGUUCCUCUGCAGCGAUGGUCUUGACUGCUUAGUCCUGAUGAAGCUAAAAAAGGAAAAUGCAGAAAACAAGAAGACAGACCAUGUUCUGUCAGUCCUGCUGAAUCCUGGUCUUUGUGUGGACUUCCAUCCAGCAGAUUCCAGUAUCUAUGUGGUUGGCACAUGGGAGGGGCCCAUCCACAAGGGCUGCGUCUCCAACAAUAAGCAUUUUCUAGAAACUUAUCAACAACACUCGUGCCCUGUGAACGGCAUUGAAUGGUCUCCAUUUAAUUCUUAUGUGUUCCUGAGCUGCUCCUCUGACUGGACCAUCCAGCUGUGGAGGAAGGACCUCUUCAUCCCCGUGUUGAGCUUCACAUCCACCCAGAGGGACGUGCUUGGCGUCAAGUGGUCCCCAAACUGGUCCACGGUAUUUGCGGCACACAACGGAGAGCAGGUGGAGAUCUGGGACAUGAAUGCGAGCAUCAUAUACCCAUUAAUUGUGCACCAAGCCCCAGCUGGCGUGAAGGUGAAGUCCCUGCUGUUUACCACAGGGAUCGACUGUGUCCUGGUUGGGGACAGCGACGGGCAAGUGACUGUCUACCAGAUCAAGAACCUCAGUGUGGGAGAAGACAAGAAGGAGGCGGACAGUUUGGAAGACAUCAUCAACUCUGCAGGUAGCUUUGAAAAGUCGGAUUCUGGCAAAAAUCACGCAGGUUUACCAAAAAAAAGUCCCUCAGUUCAGAUUCCGGUCCCCUCUGAGAGCCGAUGCCACGCCGCUGGAGACCCCAGGACGUAUUGCUGGGCCCUGUUGGAGGGGAAGGAGGCACAGGAGAACCAGGACCAGGACCGAGCGGGGCAGACCGUCCAGACCCUGCUGCAGUAA